AUGAAGUUCUCAGCCACCAACCUCACUCAUGCUGCUUGCGUGUCCCAAUCCUUUCGAUAUCCUGACCUGUUUGGUGCUAAGACGCUCUCGUUGACUGCUCAACCCGUCACCAACUUUUCCAUCGAGAUCGCGCAGGGCGGAUACCCAAGCCACGACGCGCGAAACGUGACGAAUCUUGGCUUUUGCAAUGUCAGCCUCAUCUAUACGCACCCUGGACAGCGUGACAGCAUCAACGUCCAGGUCUGGCUGCCUUUGGAAGGCUGGAACCAGCGGCUUCAGGGAGCAGCGGGCGGAGGAUUCCUCGCAGGGCUCAACGUACCUUCCAUGGCAGGGGCAUUGAGUGAUGGAUUCGCGGUCGUUUCCACUGAUGCAGGCCACAAAGUCGAAGAUGCGAGUACAUGGGCUCUCUUGAGUCCUGGAAACGUCGACCUCUACGCGUUGCAGAACUGGGCCUCGGUGUCCUUGAACGAUGCCGCUGUUAUCGGGAAGUCCAUCACCAAGGAUUUCUAUGGCCAGAAACCAAUUCGAUCCUACUGGAAUGGUUGCUCCGGUGGUGGCAGACAGGGAUUGGUCCUUGCCCAGCGCUAUCCCGACGCAUUUGACGGCAUCUUGGCUGCAGCGCCGGGGAUCAACUGGAACACCGCCUUGGUAGGAGGGCUAUACUUUCCGCUGGUGAUUCAGCUAAGUGGCCAAGGCCACAUCCCGAAUCCGUGUGAGAUAUAUGCCUUGUCAUUAGCAGCGGUCGCAGCCUGUGAUGCAGACGACGGUGUCAUUGACAACAUCAUCUCAGACCCGGCACAGUGCAAGUUUGACCCGUCCACGUUGGUUGGCCAAAACGUCACCUGUCCCGGUAUCAACGCCACGAUUUCCCAAGCAGCCGCACUAGGUGCGGCAAAGGCUUGGGACGCCGUGCGGACCGCAAAUGGGUCGUUUCUUAUGCCGGGAUUGAACCCUGGUGCGCUAUUGAACCUCGCAUUGAACAGUACUUGCGACACUCGGACGGGAAAGUGCCAGAUGGUUCCUUUCUCAUACUCGGAAGAGUUUGUCAGGUAUUGGUUGAUCAAACGGCCCGAAUUUGACUGGACCACCCUGACUUGGGAUGAUUUUUAUCGCCUUUGGGAUUAUUCUGUCGACACAUAUACCGACAUGACAGCGAGCAAUGACCCUGAUCUCAGCGACUUUCGGGCGUCAGGUGGCAAGCUGAUAACGUGGCAUGGGCUCGCCGACCCUGCAGUACCGACAAACACUUCAAGGAUCUAUUAUAGCAAAGUAGGUCAGCUUGAUCCGAGCGUCAGCCAGUACUAUCGAUACUUUGAGGCUCCGGGGGUUUCGCAUUGUGGAGGUGGUAAUGGACCAUACCCAGGUCAUGUCUUUGAAAGUCUCAUUGCUUGGGUAGAGGAAGGAAAGGCUCCAGAUGUGCUCCAGGGGAUCAGUCUGCCAACUGCAAACGGGACUGUCUACCACAGACCAAUCUGUGCAUAUCCCCAAAUGGCGACGUACAAGGGCAGCGGGGAUGUUACACUGGCUGCCAGCUGGAAAUGCGUGUGA